AUGUACAACAAUCCUCUACUAUCCCCAAUCACACCCCAACAGCCUCCUCCCAAUACCCAACACCCAACACCCAAGCCAUCACCACCACCACCUCCACCAACAACAAUGCCGACCAACCGCCCCUUCUUCUUCAACUUCCUCGCCGCCUUCCGCGCCCAAUCCGCCAUCUCGAAAUCCUCCUCGAACCCCUCCUCCUCCCCCACCACCUCCACCUCCACCCCCACAGCCUCAUCCACCUACGCCCCCCCGACCCUCUCCCGCGCCAUCGCGACCAAAUCCCCUUCCCCCGGCGCCACGACCGCCGCCGUCCAGGCCGCCAACCCCUCCUUCUCCCACGCCCGUCCGGCCUCGACCUCCCCGUCCGCCUCCAUGUCCCCGCCGCCCAGGAGCCCGCAGGCCAUGUCCCCGCCGGGCGGCGGCUUCCGCCGCGCGAGGAGGGGCAGCGAUACCAGCAGCGAGGGCGGCUUCAGGGAUUUGGGCGAGAAGUGGUAUGUGGGUGGGAAGACGGCGGGUGGGGAGGAGAGGUAUCUGAGGCUGGGGGCGGUGAGGAAGGAGAGGAGUGGGGAUCGCUUGAGCUUGGAUCGGUUGAGUUUGUAG